AUGGAGGGGGAGGAGGUGAUGGCGCCCCCGGCGGACCCUUCUCCGCCCUCCGACAAAGUGAAGUCUAAAAAAAGAAGUGUCCCGAAACGGAAAUCCUCCAUCACCAGCCUGGCUGGACAGACCUCCCCGGACAGAAGCAACGGCAGGAGACAUUCCCUAAGAAGAGGAAGCUCUUUCACAUUCCUGACCCCUGGGCCACAAUGGGAUUUUACUUUGAAAAGGAAACGCAGAGAAAAGGAUGAUGACACUUUCAGUCUUUGCAGCUUUGAUCUUAAGGUAACA